ACCACCGCACGCCCAGCGCCCUUCCCAGCCCACACACCUCACCCACAGCGCCAGCGGCAGCAGCGACCGACCCCCCCGCACCGCGACCACCCCCAGCACGCGCCAUGGGGCUGUUUAUCCUGACCGAGACGAGCGCGGGCUAUGCCCUGUUCAAGUCAAAGGACAAGAAGCUGCUCGACAAGGGCGACGAGCUCGUCAAGGAUGUCUCGUCGACCGUCGACGCCCUGAAGCUGAAGAAGUUCACAAAGUUCGAGAAUGCCGUCACGGCGCUCAACGAGGCCGCCGCCCUGACCGACGGCAAGGUCAGCCCCAUGCUGUCCACGCUGCUGCAGGACCUCAAGGACGAGAGCAAGGCAUCGCUCGCCGUCGCUGACCCCAAGCUCGCCAAUGCCAUCGCCCAGAUCCCCGGCCUGUCGCUGAAGCUGCUCUCCGACUCGUCGACCCAGGACGUCUACCGCGCCAUCCGCGAGCACAUGACGUCGCUCAUCCCCGACCUGAUCCCCGCCGAGAUGGACUCGACCAGGCUGGGUCUGGCGCAUUCGCUCUCGCGCCACAAGCUCAAGUUCUCGCCCGACAAGGUCGACACGAUGAUCAUCCAGAGCAUUGCCAGUCUCGACGUGCUCGACAAGCAGCUCAACACGUAUGCCAUGCGAGUCAAGGAGUGGUACGGAUGGCACUUCCCCGAGCUUGCCAAGAUCCUCAACGAUAACCUCGCCUACUCAAAGGUCGUGCUCAAGAUGGGUUUCCGCUCAAACGCCAGGGAGAGCGAUUUGUCCACCAUCUUGCCCGAGGAGAUUGAGGCUGCCGUCAAGGCCGCCGCCGAGAUCAGCAUGGGUACUGAGAUUACCGACGAGGAUCUGGAGGCCACGGGCGCUUUGGCUGAGCAGGUCGUCGACCUUACCGAACAUCGCCAGAACCUCGGCAACUACCUCUCCACCCGUAUGCAGGCUCUUGCGCCUAACCUGACUGCCCUUGUUGGCGAGCUCGUUGGUGCGCGUCUGAUUGCCCACGCCGGCUCUCUGAUGAACCUGGCCAAGUCGCCCGGUUCCACUAUCCAGAUUCUCGGUGCUGAGAAGGCGCUGUUCCGUGCGCUCAAGACGAAGCACGACACCCCCAAGUACGGUCUGAUCUACCACGCUUCCCUCAUUGGCCAGGCGACCGGCAAGAACAAGGGCAAGAUCGCCCGUAUGCUCGCCGCAAAGUCCGCUCUCGGUCUGCGUGUCGAUGCCCUCAGCACAUGGGGCAUCUCGUCCGAGAACACAUCCAACGAGCCCUCUGAAGAGGAGAAGUCUCAGAUCGGUCGCGACGCGCGUCUCGGCAUCGAGAGGCGGUUGAGGGCCCUAGAAGGCAAGCCACUGAAGAGCUUGGCCAACGCCAACCAGACAGCGCUCGGAGGCGCAAAGAAGUGGGACGUCAAGGAGGCGAGGAAGUACAACCCAGACGCCGAUGGUCUGACAGGUGAAGAGCCUGCUGCCGACGCAAAGGUCAACGGAACAACGCCCAAGAAGCUUGUCCAGGAGGUCGACAGCGACAACGAGGACGAGUCGAUGGCUGAUGCCGCCGCCGACGACGACUCGGAGUCUGCAGAGGAAAAGGCAGUCUCCAAGUCGGACAAGUCGGCAAAGAAGGCAGAGAAGGAAGCUAAGAAGGCACGGAAAGCUGAGCGCGCCGCUAAGCGCGAAGCCAAAGAGGCUAAGAAGGCGGCCAAGGAAGCGAAGAAGGCCGCAGGGGACAGCAAGAAGAGGAAAGCCGACGGCGGCGCAGAGGACAAGACGGAAAAGUCGAAGAAGAAGAAGAAGAACAAGGAGUAGAUGUUCCCGUCCGUGUGCUUUGUUGCCUUGCUCUUCGGGUCCGCUUAUGUGUGAAAAGGACACGGCGUUUUUUUUUUGGGAUGUCAGUAUCUAUGGCGAGUGGGGCGUUCUUUGGCUUGGGUGUAUAUUGUACUGUUUCUCUCGUGUGUGUGCGUGCGCAUCCGAUACCCAACGGUUACGCUGCAUUGCUGAAUUUAUAUGAAAAGUUCAAGAAG